AUGAAUCCAGUGUUGCAUAAGAAAAUAAAACUAACGGACGAGGUCGUAAAGAAAUUUGAAGUCCUCAGAGCAUUCAAGUACAAGCAAACAGUAACGAAAAACAUGACGUGGAGCCAGGACGGAGAAUUGUUAUUAACAUCUAAUGGAAAUGAUUCAAUAACUCUAUAUAGCUUAGCAAAGGGGAAUAAUAUAAAAUCUUUACAUAGUAGAAAUUGUGGUGUGGAUGUUGUAAGAUUUUUAAAUAAUACCAAUGACGUUAUUGUAUGUUCAACUAAAUCAAAUAAUUCAGAGCAUAAACAAUUUCUUAGAUUUUGGGACAUUAAAGAAAAUAAAUAUAUAAAAUCUUUACCACAAAUUGGAAAUAUAUGUGAAUAUAAUGGCAUUAAUAUAAAUGAAAAUAAAAAACUAAUGUUAAUUAAUUCAGAUGAUGGGCAUAUAAAAUUAUAUUAUUUUAAUUGUGAUUCUCCGCUAAUUUUAUAUAAAUCUAAUUUCAUGAGACCGGUGUCUUCUUUUGAUAAUGAAGGUCACAUUUUUGUUGCUUCAUAUGGAAAUAAAGAAAUUCAUUUUUAUGACUUAUUAAUGCUUGAUCGUGGAGAAUAUAACAUAUGUAAUUUAAAGAAUUAUAUGAACAAGGAUGAAUUUAUAACUAACCUUUUAUUUACUCCAAAUAAUAAAGAAAUUAUUGUCUCCACCAAUUAUAAUAAUAACUUCAAAAUAGAUUCCAUUACUGGGAAUUUUAUAUGUCUAUAUAAAUAUCCCGACAUUACAAAAGAACAAUCUACUACAUCUUAUCAUUCAACAACUACCCAUUUGUACACACACACACACAAAAAAAAAAAAAAAAAAAAUAUGUCCAGUUUGUACGAUCAAUGGCUAGCAAAUGAUGACACCAGCGAUUUUAAAUACUCUGUAGAAAAUUCGUGCAGCAGCGUUUUCCUCCCAACUAUAACACCCGAUGGCCAAUAUGUCAUGACUGGUUGCAUUGACAAUGGAAUUCACAUUUGGCGUGAAAAUGGAAAAUUCCUGACAACACUAUAUGGCCAUGAAGGCCCCCCCUAUAAUGUGUGCUUCAACCCCAAAUGCUCAAUCUUGGCAUCAAGUUGUUUAAAUAUAGCAUUGUGGCAGCCAUCAGUAUAA